GCCUUUUGUUUAAUGGGCCUUAAGUCCUAAGUAAAUAUGUUGGAGAGACUGAAAAGAAUGUAAGGGACCUGUUUGCUGAUGCUGAGAAUGACCAACGAACUCCGGGUGAUCAAAGUGAUCUGCAUGUUAUCAUUUUUGAUGAAAUUGAUGCUAUUUGCAAGGAUGUUGUUUGAAUUGCUUGUCCUAACAGGUGCACAAGGUGGGAUGGAUUGGACUUCUAUCUUGAGAAAACGCCAUGAUUUCAGGGCUACUUUCGCCAGGUUUGAUGCAGAAAUCGUCGCCAACUUCACAGAAAGACAAAUUGCAUCAGUGGCCACAGAUUGCAACCUGGAUUUAAACAAGGUUCGAGGUGCCAUCAACAAUGCUAACAGAAUCCUCCAGGUCAGAUUGUUGAUUGGACCUGAUUUUCUUUAAAUGAUCUUGAUAAUCCAUUUUAUUUAAAUGAGCA